AGUUCCCUGGGGUGACCUCUCCCAGCCGGCCCGGGCGGGGGGAGCAGACAAAGAGGCGAGGCCGGCAGAGAGAGGGGACCCCGCGGGGAGGCAGGAGGGGUGCGGGGGGCGGGGGCAGUACCGGGAAAGGGGGCGGAUAGCGGGUCCCGCGGCGGCGGCGGCGCCUGGCCAAUGGAGAGGCGCGGCCCCGGGCGCCGCGCUCCGCCGCCGGCAUUUAAACGGGAGACGGCGCGAUGCCCCUCACUCGGUGCGCCCUCCGCGGACCGGGCGACCCAGUGUGCCGCAAGAGCGGUCCUCUCUGUCCCGCGGACCCCACGCGGAGCCCGGGCGGCUCUGGCCGCGGCCGCACACCGCGCCACGCGUCGAGAGCGCAGGCCCCGAAGGCCCGCCGCGUUGACAGCAUGAGCCGCACAGCCUACACUGUGGGAGCCCUGCUUCUCCUCUUGGGGACCCUGUUGCCAGCUGCUGAGGGGAAAAAGAAGGGGUCCCAAGGGGCUAUUCCCCCACCAGACAAGGCCCAGCACAAUGACUCCGAGCAGACUCAGUCUCCCCAGCAGCCUGGCUCCAGGAACCGGGGGCGGGGCCAGGGGCGGGGCACUGCCAUGCCCGGAGAGGAGGUGCUGGAGUCCAGCCAGGAGGCCCUGCAUGUGACGGAGCGCAAAUACCUGAAGCGAGACUGGUGCAAAACCCAGCCGCUGAAGCAGACCAUCCACGAGGAGGGCUGCAACAGCCGCACCAUCAUCAACCGCUUCUGCUACGGCCAGUGCAACUCCUUCUACAUCCCCAGGCACAUCCGGAAGGAGGAGGGCUCCUUUCAGUCCUGCUCCUUUUGCAAGCCCAAGAAAUUCACCACCAUGAUGGUCACGCUCAACUGUCCUGAACUCCAGCCACCCACCAAGAAGAAGAGGGUCACGCGUGUCAAGCAGUGUCGUUGUAUAUCCAUCGAUUUGGAUUAAAGCCAGGCACACCCAGCCUGUCCUUGGGAUGCAGGCCCCAGGCGGGCCCAGAGACAGACCUCAAUCAACCUGAUUCUUACUUGGCUUAAACCUAGCGGCAAGAAGGACCACCAGCUGCCUCCUCCCAGGAGCCUGCUAGUGCGUAGUUUGUGUGCCUGAGUGUUUGUGGGUGCCUGUGGGUGUUUGCAGACACCAGAGGAAACACAGUCUCUGCUAGAGGGCACUUCCUAGUAUGUAAAUGUAUCUGCUUCCUUGCAGGAUGACACAGAAAACCCAAGCUACUACCCCAGGCACUUUGGGGGGAGGGAGUGGUGGGCAGGCUGUGGUCUGGGUCUGCCUUGGUCUUCCACGUGCCCUCCUGGGGACCAGAUCCUCCCUUCCAAAUGAAUAUUAAUGGAGAGGCUUCUCUGAGGGCAUGAGACCUGUUUUGUGCUGCCCUGGCCUUGGAAAAGAUGUUUUACCCUGUUCUUGCUUCCCUCCUUCCUCUUCCCUCUCACAGUCCAUCCCUUCUUAGGAUCUCAGUGACUAUUUCUGUCCCCCGCCUUCCCUGUCAAGGGUUCUGAAGCAACUUGCUUGAUCAUAGAUGCAAAUGUUUCCUAUUUGGGGAAGACCUUUCAGACUCUGGGGGAAGCUGAUGGUGCAAGGGCAAGAAGAAUAGAGGGCUGAGAGAAGAGAGAGAUUGCAGGUGAGGCCCAGUUGGUCCAGCAAAAUUCAGGCGGGAGAUGGGCAGAGCGUGGAAAGGCCAACCUCCAAACACAGUGAGACCCAUGCUUUAGCAAAUUUUCCCCUGAUGUUUAAAGAAGAAAAAUAGAAUUGCCAAAAAAUCAUUAACUUUGGCAGUCACUGUGACUGUUGAAAUUAGCUGUAACUCAAUACCAAACUUAAAACAUAAAUAUUGACCACUCCUAUUUUCAGAACCAAGUGAGUGAAACCAAAACAGCCCCUCCUGCUUUGCCCCUCAGAUGGACAAAAGAUGUAAUUCAGAAACUCCUACACAGGAAUAGGAAAAAGACAAAAACCUCAUAAGCAAAAGGUCUUAGUAUCUGUCCUUUUGGCUGAGUUAUCAUCACCUUUUCCCCGGUUCAUUGUUUCUGUGUGGUGCUUCUGAGAACCACAGUCCUGUUGGAUAAAGAUACUGUCUUUGCUGAGUGUACCUGACAGUGAGGGACCCGGCUGAGAUAAGAGAGUUUAGGGCCUGCUCCUUUCCACUCAUUUGGGGUCGGUUUUAGCCAUCGUUAGGAGACUGAGCCGGAGAAGGCAAUGGCAACCCACUCCAGUAUUCUUGCCUGGAGAAUCCCGGGGAUGGGGGAGCCUGGUGGGCUGCCGUCUAUGGGGUCACACAGAGUCGGACACGACUGAAGUGACUUAGCAGCAGCAGCAGCAGGAGAUUGAGCUGGAGAGCAGAGCAGAGUAAGGCAAGGAAGGCAAUUGCUUCUGGCUAAGGAGUAGUUAAAAGGCAGGGAGGAGAUGUAAGGCGUAUGACCUGCAUUCUUCCUUCACCCUCCGAGGAUCUAAGGGAAACCCCAGUUAAGAAAUCAGAGCAUUUGUGUGCAUUAGUUGUCAUACUGCUGGUAGGAUUUAUGUAACAUUAUAGCCACUCGGAACCUACCGGUAGUUGCUGUUCUCUGAUUAAACUUGGGUUAUUUGCAAUGCCUAUUUAGGAUUUAUCUAAUGGCCAAAGUGCAGGGUGGGGAAACCUUCCUGCAUUUUGGAUUUGGCCAACCUGCUUUCUUCAAGCCUGAGCUUUUAUAUGUAAACCACCCCACCCCCGUACUCUUUUUGCCUUGCAUCUUCUCAAUCUCACCAGCCAAGUCAUGUGUAACAUGGGAAACAAACACCAUGGACUUGCAUUUAGGCUGCCCAUGAAGGCUCUCGCGUUCAAAGCAUCGUUGCAACUAAAGAGGCUGCUUUUAUUUUAUUUUUGUUUUGGUCCAGUGCUCUCCCCACUAACAACUAAAUAGGAACCAUACUUUGAAGCAGAAAGUCAUCUUGAACACCCAAAAUAUUGAGUCUAAUUUUAAAACGUUGGAACUCACUACUGAUGAUUCUACACUAGGAGAAUUUGUGCUAACACAUAGUCUGUGCAUUUCACAUCCACGGUAGCCCCUGCCCCAAAUCCUUCUAUCGUCCACAUCCUCCAACAAUAAAGCACAGAAUGGAUUUAAUUAAGCAUGCAAAUACUAAGCUAGAAUUUUGAGGGUGGGAGAGAAGAAAGGAGAAGGAGCUGAAAAUAUACAACCACACUAGAGAGGAAAAAUGACAUUCAGAACCAGCAGACACCAAAUCUCUCUUGUUUUAACUGCCACAAGCUUGCAAUUUUGUUAAAAAGAGAUGACUUAAGUUGGCAGCAGGAAUCUUCUUUUAGUAGCUUGUACCACAGUUUUGCAUGUAAGUUGGAUUUGGCUAAAGUGAAGAGAAUUUGCUCAAAAUGAACUUCUCUGGGAUAAUAAGCAACAUAAUUGCCCUAAAAGCACAGCACUACCCAAAGAAGGGGAUGUCUGCUUUUCUUUUUGUGCCUAUAUUAAAACUAGCCCAAGUCCCAUGCAUCUUCCAACAUUUAUUGAAAGUGCCAUAUCUGUUAAUAUUGUAUUGGAGUCACUGAUGAUGAAAUGAUAUGUUUUUUUCAUUACUAUAGUAGAAUUUUUAUGGCAAGAUAUUUGUGAUCUAGAUCUUUCCUAUUAAAAUAAUGCCAAACACCAAAUAUGAAUUUUAUGAUGUACACUUUGUGCUUGGCAUUAAAAGAGAAAAACACAUCCUGCGUCUGUAAGUUGUUUUUUGUUAUUGUAGUUCUGCAAAGUUAAAAAUGUAAGCGAAUAAUCUGGAGGAAAGGAUAAUUUCCACUGUGUGGAAUGUGAAUAGUUAAACAAAAAGUUAUGGUUAUUUAAUGUAAUUAUUAACUCAAAUCCUUUGGUCACUGUGAUUUCAAGCAUUUUUUUUUCUCCUUUAUAUAACUUCCUCUGAGUUGAGCAAAGAAGAAGCUGGCACAUUGUAUGUUGUUGGAGGUUUUUAUCAGGUCAGAGGGAAACAAUAAAAUCUUGACACAUCUGAACUUGCUUAUAGAGUCAAGACCUGAGCUUUUAUUUUUAUAAUUGAAUGUUCCUUAAAGGUUAACAUUUCUGAGGCAUCCUAAGAGAGAUCUAAAAUGUUAUUUUGGAAGAAUUAAAUGUGCAUAUACUAAUAGCAAAUAAUAAUGAAUUGUCCACAAGUCCAUUUAUGGAGAAAGUCUAAAAUAAAAAAUGUAUGUACAGAACAUUUAUAAAUGACAAGUUAAUGCUAAAGAGUGAAAGUAGUUCUACUGAUUUGUCAUUCUCAAUAUAUUUAAUAUCAACUGCAUUAUGUAUUAUGUCUGCUUUAAUCAUUUGAAAAACAGAAUUAUGAUGACUAUGAUCAAGGUCCUUUGCUGUCUAUGAGGAUAAAGGGGGGAUUUGGUAGUCUCAUAAAAGCUAAUUUGGUGGAAAGCAAAGUUUUAUAAAUCUGUAACUAGAAUUUAACUUCACCCCAAUAAUGUUAUAUAUAACCUUUCCCAAAGAACAGCCAAUAAAUUGAACCUCUUCUCUGUG